AUGGGUUCACACGACUAUGACACACAGCGAACAAAUCUGGCAGGAGUAGGGCAUAAGAGUAAUCACGCUGCCACAGAAGUAGCAGAGACAGAAGAAGUAAAGCAUCUGAAAUCUCUGUAUAAAAAAGAAUUAUCAACACUGCAAGAAUUAUUUCCUAAUUGGACAGAGGCAGAUUUGCUUUUUGCCUUGCAAGAAGUUAAAGGGGAACUCGAAGCUACAAUUACUCGAAUCACUGAAGGUCACGCUGCUCAAUGGGGUGAGGUUAAAUCUCGCAAGUCUAAAAAAGAACAUAGUGGUAAAAAUAAGCAAGGUGGGCAACAAUUUAGUAACGUUCAAGCUCAACGUGGACAUUUUAGAGGUGGUUAUAGUGAACGUGGUCGGGCCCGCGGUGAGGGUGGACGGGGUGGAAGAAGUAAUGAUCGUACUCGAGGGUCAAGAAGGGAAAACGGCUAUAUGAAGCCUCCGCGUCAACAAAAUGGAACUAACGCUUCCAAUUACGAUGAUACAAACAAUGUUAUGCACGGUAAGGCACGGGGUACUGAGAAUACCAGUAACUCUAAGAACAACAAUAAUGAUAGUAUCGGAGGAAAUUGGCCCAAUGAAGGUACUAGCACUUGGCCGGCUGACAUUGUUACUGGAGACUGGUCUACCGAUAUUACAGCUCAAGGUGGUUCAUGGUCUGCCGAAAAUCCGGCAGAAAAUGCUAACAAUACUGAUAAAGCUCAGAUUUGGAACAAAGAAAACGCAACGGACAGUUCCCAAACUGGACGGAAUGUUGAAAAUACCCAACAGAGCGUAAAAGGAAGUUGGACGACCGAUAAUUUGACGGAAAAUAUUAAAGACAGUCGGAUAGCCGAUAUUUCUACAGAUAAUAUUACGGCAAGUCGAGAUAUUGACAAAGCCACUGAUAAUUUAAAACACAAUCGAGAUUCCAACAUUACAAAGGAUAACUGGGACAUUGAUCACUCUAAAGAUAAUUGGUGUGCCGAAAAUGAUGGUUUGGCUGCAGAUACUCUAAAAGAUAAUUGGGGUUCUGAUGCAACUAAAAAUGCUAAAAAUUUGAAGGAUGUCUCAAGAUCUCCUAACACUGUAAUGAGAUCUGUUGCCCCUACAAAGUCACCGGUAUCACAUAAUUUACGGACAAUUCCUCCUCAGUCCAAGACAUCUUGGGCUCAAAUUGUGAAACCCGAAUCAAAACCUGAAACGAAACCCGAACCUAUAUCCGCGCCUGUGCACAAGAGUUCCGAAACAGUAAAACCAAUAUCUCCAAAUCCUGUAAAAUCUCCUCUUGUGUCAAAAGUUACUGAAUCAGUCAUUGCCCCUCCUCCACAAGAAACAUUAACCACGACAACCAUUGUAACAACAAAGACUGAGGAAAACAUUAAAGAAGCCACUUCGCCCGAAGUUUUAAGUGUUAGUGGUACAUCAACUGCAACUUUAGUAAAUGCUUCAACAAGUGCUAAAGAAGUUUCUCCACCGGGUCUUCACAAAACUAAAGCAAAUACAAAUGCACGUAGAUUGAAACAGGAUACUGCUGUGGUAAUGCCUAAUACAGGUGCUGGUCUGGAAAGAGUUGAAGUACAAUUUGGUAGUUUAAACAUAUCGAAUAAUGCGGUGGAAGAAUCUUCAGAAACAGAAUCACAAAUUCUAUUACAAGUACAAAAGACAGAAGACAGACAACCCGUAUCAGUUGAGACUUCACCUCAACCACAAACUUCUAUUCAGCAGCAACAGCAAAUAGUCCAACAACAAACUGUUCAGCAACAGCAAGUAUCACAACAGCAAGUAGCUCAACAACAAUCGUCACAACAACAAUUACAACAAGCUGCACAACAACAACUUCAGCAACAACCACAAUCAUCACAACCUCAGUCUUCAACUAUUUCACAAUCAAAUUCUAUAAAUCGACUACCUACCACAUCUGCUCAGGCUUUACCAUCAUCAGUUGGUAGUGCUCCAACUGGAACGCCCGCGAUCGCCCCAAAUACUAAUCCACAAAAUUUCAACCCAUCUUACUUCAAACAACAAGAACAAUCUUCUGCUUAUAUAAAUCAACAGCAUCAUUUAGGGUUAGCUACAGAUCCUCUUAAUGGUCCAUAUACAUCUUAUCUUCCAAAUCAACAUCAACCCCCUAACCAGAUAUCUGGAUUUGGUAUUGGACCGAUGCAGUCUUUGCCAGCAGAAUAUAAUGCAAUGUAUAGUCCUGAUGCUCAGCGUAUGAUGGGAUAUUAUGCUGAUCCAACAUAUGGUCAGGCUUCUCCGGUAACAUCAACUGGAUAUCAAGUUCAAUAUUAUCCAUAUUAUUAUAUGACAAACCAGUUCCCUUCAGCUGCUUAUCAACAAUCAGGUUAUGGUCAACCAUUUGUAAAUAAAUCGAUGUACCCUAUGUAUAAUCAUCCCCAUUCUACCAAGCCUGGAUCCGCUUCUGGAACAUCUCCGUAUGGUUAUCCUUCUACGCCCACAACACCCAAUACUCCACACCAUUAUUCUCAUACUUCUAAUACGGGUUAUGAAGAAGUUACUGGUGCGCAGUUACAUCAUCACCCGGGUGUGCCUAGUGUUCUUGAUUAUCAAAAACCUUACGGUAGUAUGCCGCCUAUAAAUUUUUUAGGUAAUGCUGGAGGUAACAACCCUCAACCCGCCGGUUCCACAAAUUCAAGCGCUACGGGAGGAAAAUCUAGCAAUAAUGCAAGUUCUGAAUUAAAUCCACCAACUCAAUAUAAGACGUAUCAAGAAAAGACAUCAACUAAUGCACAACCUACAGGUGGAGUUGGACAGUCGGGAACACAACAUCAACAACCGCCAACUAAUCCAAAUUACUAUGGACAACAAACUCAGGUGUUUAAUAACUAUCAACAUCCGCAGACCCAUCACCAAUAUUAUCAACAUCAGGCACAUCAUCAAGCUACUAAUCGUAAUCAACAACAAUAUUGGACCAGUCAGAGCUAA